CUCUGGAUAAUCAAAAUCGUUGUGUAAGGUAGAAAUAUAUUAUACAAACUUACACACAUAUAUACACUCAUUGGAAAGAAUGUGGAAGUGGCUAAGAGAUGUGGUUUGAAGGAGACACGGAGGAGAGAGAGACAAAGAAGGCUGCAAUGGUUGGGACAUGUGAGGAGAGAGACAGAGGGUGGAGUGCUAAGGGUGGUGGAGGGAAUGGAGGUGCCCUGGAGGAGACCAGUUGUAGGACCAAAGAGAGCAUGGAGAGGAAUAGUGACACAAGACUUGGGAGUGUUGGAAACAGAGGAAGGAUUAGCACUGGACCAACAAGAUGGAGGAGGACCAUGGCAAGUCCCACCCCAGGAAAGGGAGAAGAUGGACCAUAAACCAAGAUGAUACAGGAAUAAGGGAAAGGAACAGUGACACAAGACUUAGGAGUGCUGGAAAUAAAGGAAGGAUUAGCACCGGACCAGCAGAUGGAGGAGGACCAUGGCAAGCCCCACCCCAGGAAAGGGAGAAGAUAGACCAUAAACUAAGAUGCUGAUGACCCUUUUCUAACUAUCCCCGUCUUGCCAUCUUCAUGCUGCUCCUCUUCCUCCUUUUCUUCCACGCUUCUUCUAUUCUCUUCCUCUUCUUUCAUAAUUUCUUCCUUUCCUCCAUUCCUUUUCUUUCUGUUCUUGCUUUUUCGUAAUAUUUUCUUGUCCAUCUUUCUCUUCUUUCUUUCACUAGUCUUUUCAUUCCUUUCCUUCUUUUCUGUUCUUGUUGUUCCUCCAUCCCUUUGUCUGUCUUUCUCUCUUCGUCUUCUUUUUCUUCUUGUUUUUCAUGAAGGAGUCGCGUGGAAUGAAAUCGUCCAACACCAAGUUCCUCCCCCAUUCAGAAAUGACAGCAAGGUUAGGGACUAAGUGUUGGGAAGUGGAUCUUCAUGUGUUUGGCAAUAUUCUUCCUGGUCUUGAAAUGUUUUCCAGAAACAUCACACUUGAACUCUCUCAGAUCAGAGUGUCUGACAACGUGGCUGUUCAAUUCACUUAAAAAGGAACCUUCAAGCACACUCAAGGCAUUCAUGAGGUCUUACACCAGUGUGUAUAAUAACUAUGUGUCUAUUUAUUUUACCCUUCAUACUGAACCUUUUGUCACACUCAGGGCAUUCAUGAGGUCUUUCACCAGUGUGUUUAAAGGUCUGUGUGUUAAGGUGACUCUUUACACUGAACACUUUGCCACACUCUUGGCAUUGAUGAGGUUUUUCACUAGUGUGUUCAAGGCUGUGUCUGUUGAGGCUACUCUUCUGAGUGAACACUUUGCCACACACUUGGCAUUGAUGAGGUUUUUCACCAGUGUGUAUAAGGGUGUGUGUGUUAAGGUUACUCUUCCUACUGAACAAUUUGCCACACACUUGGCAUUCAUGACGUCUUCCACUAGUGUGCAUAAGGAUGUGUGUGUUAAGGUUACUCUUCUGAGUGAACACUUGGCCACACACUUGGCAUUCAUGAGGUCUUUCACCAGUGUGUGUAGGAGUGUGUCUGUCAAGGUUACUCUUCCUACUGAACACUUUGCCACACUCUUGGCAUUCAUGACGUGUUCCACCAGUGUGUGUAAGGGUGUGUGUGUCAAGGUUACUCUUCUGAGUGAACACUUUGCCACACACUUGGCAUUCAUGAGGUCUUUCACCAGUGUGAGUAAAGGUGUGUCUGUUAAGGUUACUCUUCGUACUGAACACUUUGCCACACACUUGGCAUUCAUGAGGUCUCUCACCAGUGUGUGUAAGGCUGUGUGUGUUAAGGUUACUCUUCGUACUGAACACUUUGCCACACUCCUGGCAUUCAUGAGGUCUUCCACCAGAGUAUGUAGGUGUGUUUGUUGAGGUCACCCUUCCCAGGGAGUCUUUUCCCACACUCUUGGCACUCAUGCUUCCCUUCACCAGUGUGUGCAAGGCUGUGUCUGGUGAACUUGCUCUCGCUCUCAAACCUUCUAUCACUCAAACUCUCCCAUCCUUUAUGGCUGGAGAUGCAGCAGCAAGGUGGUGGUGGUUCUCCUGAUCACCUCUGAUCAGAGCAUGCAGUACAGUAAGGUGCUGUAUGACUGUGAGGACAGUGACAGCACAGUUCAAUAUUAGGGUGGAAUUUCUUUGUUACGGUACGGUAAGAAGGAAUGAUCUGCGUUCUUCCACCUUUCUGUACCUCUCCGCAGCAAGCCACGCCUGGUAGCCUAGAGGCCAGGUGUGGCCCUGUCUCAGUUCCCUCACCAGGCCUGAGGGGAGGUCAGCAAGGCUGACAGCAGUCAGCCCACCCUGUCUUGACCUCAACCCUGACUUCAGGGGUUGGUCACUGGGGUGGGUGUGGUUGGGAGGGUGUGGCCCUGUCAGCCUCUCAAGGGACUCCCCAAACCUGGCAUUUGGCAACUAGCAGCCAGGCUUCAAAUUCUUGGCCUGAGUGAAGCUUGUGCAGGUGCCUUCCUUCCUAAGUGAGCUACAAUUUCAGGUACAAAAUUACAGUACAAUAUCUUAUAGUGCUACUACAAUACAAAGGCGGUACACAGGUACUGUACAAAGUUUUGUCACUGAUUUUUUUCUUUGGCACAAAAUAUGAUGAAGGAAUUGCACUGUACUGUACUGCAUGGUCUGGCACUGAUCCUCACAGCAGUGGCAGGCUGCUCCUGCUGGUCCUGGCCCCUCAGGCUGCUGCCUUGCCCUGCAGCCUCCACUGCAACAGAAGUCAGCGGCAGUGAAGACACAGCGAGCACUGAGCAUGGCACCCGCCUCAGACCCUCGCUCCUGCACCAGCACCAGG